AGCACUCGUAGACACCGGCGCCACAAGAUCAUACAUCAACGACCAAGUGUACAGUAAAUUCGUGAAAAGAAACCUGAAACCGAAAACAGUAAGCAUAACAGCUAGCAUGACAGAUGGGCACACAACUCGAAUUAAAGAAGCACUAGACUUGCAAAUUAAUAUAAAAGGAAAAACAAUUAACCACCAAGUGUUAUAUCAUCCACAAAUCAAGAGUAUACUGAUCGGCAUGGACAUAUUAAAUAGAAUAGGAGCCAAAAUAGAAUGGCCCAAAGAUAGCACCAAGCAAGAGGAACAAGUGGGAACAACGUCAAGAAAAACUACAGAAGUCAACAUCGUACCUACAUACGAAAUGGCCGAAACACCGACAAGUAAGAAAAAACACAAGAUUAAACUCACACACGAAAAACCAAUCAAGAAAAAAGACUAUUCACGGAACCCUAAAAGUCAAGAAGUAAUAAAUAAACAAGUAACACGCUUAAAACAAGAAACAAAGGAAGACUGGAUCCAAAAGAAAAUUCAAGAAAUACAAAAAACCGGAAACAAGGACUAUAAAAUGUCAAACAGCAAAUUAUACAGGAAAAUAAUAAAUCACGCAUACGGACCAAGAAGAGAAACAUCAUCAGACUGGAAAUUAUGCAUAAAUAACAAUGAAAAAAACCAGAUUCUGAAAGAAAACCACGAUACACCAACCGCAGGCCACCUAGGAACAGCAAAAACACUAAACAAAAUAUCACAGAGAUAUUAUUGGCCCGGUAUGUACAGAGAUGCGUCAACGUACGUCAAGAACUGCAAAACCUGUCAAGCUAACAACGCACGCAAACCCUGGAAAGCGAACGUAGUGUCUACAAACCCGAGUAGACCACUACCCAGAUCAUCAAACCGGGCCACAGACUGGACCGAAAUCCUCGAGGUCGACACCAUCGACCACCCACAAGACCUGGACUGGCGCGAGACCGGCCCUGGAGAGGAGCCGACCCGAGCCGAGGACCAGACCAGGAGGCGGCCGGGGAGAAAGAAGAGGCGCGGCCAAAUCCAGAACCAGCUGAACAAGGCCAGUAACGUUAAUUACUCGUAGCUUAACUUUAUACCUAAGUUAGGUCUAGUCAGUUCUCGUUAAAGUAAAUUCAUCAAUAUUAAAAACAAGUCGAUAAUACAU